AUGCCAGGCCAACUCUAGCUUCAAUUCCAGGGGAGGAAUCAAAGAGGAAGGUCAGAGAAAAGCAUUAGUAAGAUAAAAAGGCAAAGGAAGGAAUGCAUUCCAAGCUUGCAUUCCUUUUCUUCUUCUGAACUAUAUAAACACACUGGUUCCCUUAAAUCUUGUAAGCGAACAGUCUAUUUGCCCUCUUUGUUGGACUAAUCAUGGGUCUUGCAUUUAGUGCCUUUGGCCUACCAGGUUGGAGCAGCAUUCCAACCGGACAAGUGUACGAUCAGUAUUUCAAGGACAAGAAAACCGACACCUUUACUGAUUUUCAUCUUGCCUAUGUUGAGUUCUGCAAAGAUUUCAACACCGUGCUGCCUGGCCAAGAUUUCGAUACCCCGUCAAUCGAUCAAAUUAGGAAAUUUUAUGAUGAUACCUGGAAAAAAAUCGAGGGAGACGAUGCAAAGAAGAAGGCGGCGUUCAUGGAUUUCAUUCGCAAGGAAGUGAGUGAAGCCUCGGUUGACGACAGCCUCUUCAUCAUGGCCGGCCUGGCGGCGCCGGCGGGAGCCGUCGUCCUCAAGAAGACGGGGCAGAGCAUCCCGCAGCUGAAGAGGCUGGACCUCGUCCCCAACGUCCUCUUCGUGCCGCUCUUCACUCUGGCCGCCAUCAUGGGAGCAACUGCUGUCCAGAUGAAACAGAAGAGCAAACACCCCUGAUUCAUCAUCGCCAUUGCAAGCACUCCAUGUCAUUGCGUCUGCGUCAGCAUUAUUUUUAUAAUAACACGGAUGAAUGGUGAUCAAAUCUGAUAAAUGACGAUCAAAUCUAGGUGACAAAGCUUCAUUUUAUAAUUUUUAUUUUUAUUAUUUUAUUAUUGUUCGUAGUCAUAGUGAUGAUGAUAGUCACAGACUGGGAUAAUGCCUUUGCCAAGCUGCAAUUAUCGUGCGUUCUAUGAUUUUAUACUUUUCUUCAGCGUAUUUGCGAAAUGAAGUAUCUAAGCCUGGAGUUGCAGUGUAAGUCAGUCAUGGAAUCGAAGGUUUAAGGUUGUCUCUGAAGAAAACUUGCACCACAUCAAUAAAUUGAAAACUGA